UCUCUCUCUCCCUGAGUCUCCCUCUCCCACUCUCUCUCCGCCCCUAAACAGCAGCUCCAGCUGAACCCUGCUGAUCUUCUCCAGCUCCUGAGCUCUUCUUCUCCUUCUUCUCCUCCUCCGUCAUCAUGCCUCUGCAGCUGGGUGAAGUUCUUCUCCUCCUCCUCCUGGUUCUCCACAGCUCCAUGUCGGACUACUACAGCUUUCUACAGCAAGAAGACGUGGUCAGGUCACACCGAGACUUCUCUGUUGUUCAUCCUGAGAAAGUGGACGCAGAUGGUCACUUCGUCUCUCACACACUGUCACAUCAGUUUGCGGGCAGCAGGCGGCGGCGGCGUGAGGCGGACCAUCACGAGAGCGAGCGCGUGUACUACAGACUGAACUUCAGCGGACGGGAUUUAACCCUCAACCUCACCAUCAACGACAACCUGCUGUCUCAGGGGUACGUGCUGGAGCGGAGAACAGGGAGCAGGAGUGAAACCGGACCUGAGGCUCACACGGGAAACCGGUGUCACCUCAUCGGCACGGUAACGGACGGAGAUGUGGAGGGCAGCGCCGCCCUGAGCAGCUGUAAUGGCCUGACAGGCAUGCUCUCUCUCCCUUCAGGAGUGUUCCUGAUUGAACCUGUGCGAGGUCACACACCUACACUCACACACCCUCAGCAAGCGCACGUCAUCUAUCGUAACUCUGCGUGGCUGAGUGUCCGAUCUCGCCGCAGCACACAGCGUGAUGUCCACACUGCCUGCGGGGUCAAAGACAGUCCAGAGCACUCUAAGCAGACUGAACAUGAAAGAGAGCUCUGGGAGCGAGAGCAGCGAGGUCCAGACCGAGGGCGGAGUCAGCGUUCGGUCAGUACAGAGCGCUGGGUGGAGACGAUGGUGGUGGCCGAUUCCAAAAUGCUGCAGUACCACGGCAACAACAACGUGGAGAGCUACAUUUUCACCGUCAUGAACAUGGUGGCAGGUAUUUACCACGAUGCCAGUAUCGGCAAUGCCAUCCACAUCGUUCUUGUGCGACUCAUCCUGCUGCAGUCAGAGGAGAAAGGUCUGAAGAUCGUCCAUCACGCCGAUUCGACCCUGACCAGUUUCUGUAGCUGGCAGAAGAACCUGAACCCUCAGAGUGACGCCCAUCCUGCGCACCACGACGUCGCUGUGCUCAUAACAAGACACACUGUAAUACUGUCUGUGUGUGUGUAUGUAUGUGUGUGUGUGUGUGACAGGAAGGAUAUCUGUGCAGGUAAGAACCAGCCGUGUGAAACACUGGGACUCUCUCACCUGUCUGGAAUGUGCCAACCUCACCGCUCCUGCAACAUCAACGAGGACUCGGGACUUCCUGUAGCCUUCACCAUCGCACACGAGCUCGGACACAGUUUUGGGAUUCAGCAUGAUGGUCAGGGGAAUGACUGUGAGCUGGUCGGUCGCGCUCCCUUCAUCAUGUCUCGUCAGCUUCAGUACGACUCAUCACCUCUCACCUGGUCCAUCUGCAGCAAGCAGUACAUCACACACUUCCUCGAUCGUGGUUGGGGUUUUUGUUUAGAUGACCGUCCGUCUAGGAGGGACAUGAUGUCGGCUCUGGUAGCCCCAGGGUUACGGUACACUCGGCAGCACCAGUGUCAGAUGCAGUACGGACCCAAGGCCACUCUGUGUCCAGAAACUGAGAACGUGUGUCAGAUCCUCUGGUGCUCAGUGGACGGGUCGUGUCGCUCCAAACUGGACGCACCGAUAGAUGGAACCAGGUGUGGACCAGGGAAGUGGUGUAUCUCAGGCGAGUGUGUGGUGGUUGGGAAGUUACCUGAGACAGUGAAUGGUGGAUGGGGUCAGUGGAGCACCUGGUCUCACUGCUCUCGCACCUGUGGAUCCGGCAUCCAAUCAGCAGACAGAGAGUGUGACGAGCCCAAGCCAGCGUUUGGAGGGAAGUACUGUACAGGUGAGCGUAAGCGUUACAGGUUGUGUAACACUGCAGUGUGUGUUAAGAAGAAGCCGUCGUUUCGAGACAUGCAGUGCAGUGAGUUUGAUACGGUUCCCUACCACAACCAGCUGUACCAGUGGAUCCCCAUCACCAGACACAGUCAGCCGUGUGAGCUGCACUGCAGGCCUGCAGAUGAAGGUUUCUCAGAGAGGAUGCUGGAUGCUGUGACUGACGGAACUCCGUGUUUCUCCAACAGCAGCAGGAGCAUCUGCAUCAAUGGUGUGUGCAAGGAGGUAGGCUGUGAUUAUGCAAUAAACUCAAAGGCGGAGGAGGAUCAGUGUGGUGUGUGUCUGGGUGAUGGCUCCAGCUGUGAGACAGUGAACGACACUUACACACAAAGAGAAGGAUACGGUUACACAGACAUGGUGCUGAUCCCUGAGGGAGCGAGGGAUAUAGUGAUACAGGAAGUGGAGGAGGCGGCGAACUUUCUGGCCGUGCGCGCAGCACACGCUGAUAAAUAUUACCUUAACGGCAAUUACAUCAUCCAGUGGAACGGGGAGUACCAGGUGGGCGGAGUCAGGUUCUACUAUGAGCGCAGCGGCAAUCUGGAGAACCUCACAUCACCUGGACCUACAACAGAACCUAUUAUAGUGCAGCUGUUGUUUCAGGAGCUGAACCCCGGUGUGAGGUACGAGUUCAUCGUGAAGAAGAACAGCUCAGUGGAGGACGACCUGCUGGAGCCUCAGUUCCUCUGGAAAUACGGAGCCUGGACUGACUGCAGCACCACCUGUGGACAAGGUGAGCAGCAGCAGCCGGUGCGGUGUUUUCGAGCCGGUGUCGGUGUGGUGGACGAGGAGCUGUGUGAUCUGACCACUCGACCCGAUGACAGACAUCGACCCUGUAAGAACAUGGACUGUCCUGCCAGGUGGUGGGUGGGAGGAUGGCAGUCGUGCUCCGCCUCCUGCGGUUCUGACGGAGUAAGAAAGCGCACGGUUCUCUGUGUUAGAACUGUGGCUGGAGAGGAGAGAGUGCUGAACCCCGGGGACUGCAGAAGGCUCCCCAAACCCAAAGCUGCUCUGGCCUGCAACCGCAACGUGACCUGUGGCUCAGCCUGGACUGUGGGGAACUGGAGCCAGUGUUCUCUGACCUGUGGUGGAGGGGUCAAGUCUCGUAGCGUCAAGUGUGUCACAGAACCCCAAACCCGCUGUGACCCCGUGACCCGACCUCGAUCCACGACCUUCUGUAACCUCCAGAGCUGCUCCAGAACCAAACCGCACCCAACUCCGACUCAUGACCCCGAUGACCUCACGUCUGGUCCCACCCCCUCACUGUACACACCCACUGUGAGCACCUCACACACUCCCACUCCGAGUGUGUUGCACAAAGACGAUCAGGACUUCAUCCUGGUCAAUAACAGCAACCCCACACACGGGGGUGAGGACGAGGAUGAGGAUGAAGAGGGCAGUGCGGACCUGCGGCAGCCCCCUGACCGAUCACCGUACACACCCGGCUACGACUACAUCAUGGGGGACGACAGAGAGGACAUGUUCACCGCUCACACUCCUGUCAGCACUUUACACACUCCCACACAACCAGACGACACCACAACAACUACACACACACUGAUUACUGCAGCAGAACCUUCCAGAACCAGAACAAUCACACACACGAUUAAUCUACUGACCACUACGGCAUCCUCACACAGAACCUCCAACAGCUCACCUACACACAGGGGCCAGGCGAGAUCACACAGACGCACACACACACACACAGUGAGUAAGAAGAACAGACACACAGCCAGAAACCCCAGCAGAACCACCGUGACCCAAACACCAGGGGGCAAGAACACAGGAGCAUUCUGGGUCGUGGGCAACUGGAGUGAGUGUUCCACCUCCUGUGGUCUGGGAGCAGUGUGGAGGUCAGUAGUGUGUAGUUCUGGUCAGGAUUCUGACUGCAGCAGCACAGCGAGACCAGAACCUGCACAACACUGUAACCUUCAACCCUGUGCUGUAUGGAGAAAGUGUGUUGAGGGAUGUGUUAGUGGGAUGAAGUACAGGGAUGUCCAGUGUGUGGACUCUCAGAGUGGACGAGUGUUGAGACCGUUUCACUGCUCAGACCAACCACCACCUCCUACAGUGCAGUGGAAACACACACACUGGGGACAGUGCUCUCAGAGUUGUGGAGGAGGAGUGAUGGAGCGCUCUGUAUUUUGUCCAGAGCCUGAGCGCUGUGAUGUGAGUCUGAGACCUGAAAGCUCCGCCCCCUGUAACCUGCAGCCGUGUGUGUGGUGGUCUCCUGAACCCUGGCAGCAGUGUUCAAAGAGCUGUGGUGGAGGUGUACAGAAGCGAGAGAUCAGGUGUGUGAGCGAGGGAUCAGGAGAAGAGGUGGAAAGCUCGCUGUGUGUGAAAGACAAUAAACCUGAGAGUCUGCGCUCGUGUGGUGAGGAGGAGUGCAGGGCCGAGCGAGUGUGUAAGAGAGACAGCAUGUCCACUCACUUCUGCUCCACCCUGAAGAAGCUCGGCCGCUGCGUCCUGAGCUCCGUCCAGAAGCAGUGCUGCCUCACCUGUGUGAUGUAACACCGCCAAGAGGUCAGAGGUCAAAUUUGGAUCAUCGUCAGCACCCAGAAUGAACAAUACUGGACCAUGAGCACACACACACACACACAAACACACACACACACACACACAAACACACACACACACACACACAGAGGAUUUAACACAUGCGUUAUCAGCAGCGGCUACCUUCGUGUAUGAUCAUGACCCACAGGGUUAAGUGUGGUCCGAGUGAAGAGCGUGGGGUCCAGCGACACACUGAGAAGUGAGAAGUGUCCGAUUUAAAGCUGCUGCUCUUAUGGAGUGCUGAAGCCCAUUAACACACACACACACACACUCCAGUCUGAGGACCUGCUGGAACACACUGAUGGUCCUGAUGACCACAAACACAUUUAUAAUCAUCAGACUUUAAAUCCUGAGAAUGAAGAGAAGAAGUGUGUGUGUGUGUGUGUGUGUGUGUGAAUGAACACACCCUUCUGUCCAUCAGCUGCAGCUCUGUUUUAUCAUGAUGUACUGUGUGUGUUUUUUACAAACAAACUGUUGAGGUGCUUUACAAAAAAAUCCACUCUGGUGCUGUUUUUUUUUUUUACCAAAAAUCAUCACAGUUUCUUAAAUAAAUCGUGUUUAAUAUUAAUCACUGUUAACCUGCUCAUUUUUACCAAGUAGAUGAAAGUGUGUGUGUGUGUGUGUGUGUGUGUGUGUGUGUGUGUGUGUGUUAGUUAAUGAGUGAGGAUGAGGUGUUGCAGGUCAUCCCUCUCUGAAUCUUUUAUCAUGAUUCUUUUUUCAUUUGAUUCUGAAUCUGUUCAUCUGUGCCAUUUGUUCUGAAUCUGUUCAUUUGAGUCAUUUGAUUCUGAAUCUGUUCAUCUGAGUCAUUUGUUUUGAAUCUGUUCAUUUGAGUCAUUUGAUUCUGAAUCUGUUCAUCUGAGUCAUUUGUUCUGAAUCUGUUCAUUUGAGUCAUUUGAUUCUGAAUCUGUUCAUCUGAGUAAUUUGAUUCUGAAUCUGUUCAUCUGAGUCAGUUGAUUCUGAAUCUGUUCGAUUGAGUUAUUUUAUUCUGAAUCUGUUCAUCUGAGUCAUUUAAUUCUGAAUCUGUUCAUCUGAGUCAUUUGAUUUUGAACCUGUUCUUCUGAGUCAUUUCAUUCUGAAUCUGUUCAUCUGAGUUAUUUGAUUCUGAAUCUGUUCAUCUGAGUCAUUUGAUUCUGAAUCUGUUCAUCUGAGUAAUUUGAUUCUGAAUCUGUUCAUCUGAGUCAUUUGAUUCUGAAUCCGUUCAUUUGAGUCAUUUGAUUCUGAAUCUGUUCAUUUGAAUGGUUUGAUUCUGAAUCUGUUCAUUUGAGUGGUUUGAUUCAGAAUCUGUUCAUUUGAAUGGUUUGAUGCUGAAUCCGUUCAUUUGAGUCAUUUGAUUCUGAAUCUGUUCAUUUGAGUGGUUUGAUUCUGAUCUUUUCACUUGAUCCUGAGUUAUUGUAGCUGAUUUGUUCAUACUGGAUGUUUAUUGUUGUGUGUGUGUGUGUGUGUGUGUGUGAACAUGAAUGGAUGGAAAUAAACGC